AUGCCUCCCUUAUUGACCAGCGACAUCGAGAAGCCUGUGGACAGAUCACCACACCGCAUGGUACCGGUAAUCAAAGUGCCACCACAUCCGCCUGUCUCUAAGCCAGCCCCUCAGCCAAGAACUUAUUCGGAUGAGCCAUUACCAGUCCGACCCUCAGAUCAUGCACCUCGCAAAGCGGCAAUCAAGGAGCGCAUCGCCUUGCCGGACAGGGUCGCCUAUACGCUUGACAUAGGCGGAGUCGAGAUUGAGGAUGUUGGAAUCCAUGAGGUUCUGGACUAUGUCUCGGCCUACGAUCUGGAGACGUUCGAACACCGGCAAUUCGAAGAGGAGCGCGAGAUUAUGCGCAUUGCUAACCUGGAACAAGAAGCUGAGCGAGAACGACGCAAACAGCGUGCUAAGACCAAAGGCCAAGUCAUCUAUCAGACUGAUAGCGGUACCGUAUCUCAAGAAGAUGAGGACGUGGAGACUGGCAAGCACGGACGAGCUCGGCCGACUUACAAGCAUCUUUUCAAGGCGCCAGAAAUGAGGCAGCGUAAACGACGCAGAAAGCGAGACCCUUUCACGGGUGAGCUCAUGCCUUUGAGUGACGAAGAAGAUGCGGCAUUCAAUGCGCCAGCGAAGGCGACGGCGGCAUCUUCACGAGCUCCUGCGCCAGCGACCGAACUUCCCAAGCGAAGACGAAGAAAGCGUAAUAAGAUCACAGGAGAGUUGCUACCGCUAUCACCAGACGGGGAGACCGCUCAGCCCAGCAUUGAGAAAGGUAAAAGACCGCGACGCAGACGGCAUCCCAUCACCGGAGAAUUGAUGCCACUGGGUUGGCGGUAUGAUCCAAACACCGAGCAGCAGAGCUACGAGCAAAGACGAGAUGGUGCAGGUGCUCAUAGCACGCCGUCAAUCAAGCGACUCAGCAUUACUCGAGAGCACGAUGCUAAGCGCAUGAAGCUCACUUCGGAAGAGCCUUCUUCGGACGACGAGCUUGGCACGAGACAGCCGGUCGUGCAGUCACGAGGCAAACUUGGCAUCUUUGCAAGUGACGACUCGCGGGAGUCUUCUUCAAGCCGAGAUCCACCACCGAUGUCGAGCUCGAAGUCAAGGCCAGCUCCCAAAACUUCGAUCAUGAAUCCAGUGUCGCAGCGUAUAUCUCGGCUUGGACCCCCUCCCUCAGCCACUGAUAGCUCCUCUGAGCCAAAGAUAACUUUGGCAUCAUUUUUGAAACCUAAUCAGCCCGAGGAAGACGAUGAGUCCUCAGACGACUCCUCUUCUCUUCCAAAGCAAAAGGUCAACACUCCAGGAGAACGCGGGAAGACGAGUAUAAUGAAUCCAAUGGCGGCUCAGACGGUGGAGGAGAGUGACGACGCUGAAGAUGAAGAGCUCGAAGAGGGAGAAUGGUUUGUCGAAGCCAUCCUUGGUCAUCAUCUGUCCGACCCACGCACCCAUCCUGGUAAGAAACAAGUCAUGCUUUAUAAAACCAAGUGGGAAGGCUGGAACAAUCCUACUUGGGAGCCCGAAGAUAGUUUCGUCGACCAAGGCGUGCUCGAAGAUUAUCGACAACGGGCUGGGCUCAAUGGUGCGAAGACACAGAUAGUCGCAGGAUCAAAGAAAAAGUCAGUCACUCCGGCACCAAAGCCAAAGGCAACCGCGGUCAACGAUGAGAGCGAUGAUGAAAGCGACGAAGAGGAAGGCUACGAGGUUGAGUCUAUCCUUGGCCAUCACAUGAGCGACCCAAGAACGCAUCCCGGUAAACCGGCCACGAUGCUAUACAAAGUGAAGUGGCUGGGUUGGCCUGAACCAACUUGGGAGCCAAGACGGAGUUUUACUGACAAGACCAUUGUGCGGAAGUAUGAGAAGAGGGUGGGUCUGAAACCAGAGCGGAGCGAAGAUAGCAACGGAGACAUGAGGAUGAAGACAUAA